CUCUCUAACUCUGCUAACCACAGAUUAUUGUCUACAGAACACGACAAGGAAUGGCUGCAGAAGUCCUGGAUCCUGUUGGUGUCCAUUGACAUCCGUAGUAGUCUUGAUCGUCCCUGCGCGCGUGAUGACUGAUGUGAAGUGAAACCACUAGCGGCGAGCAGAGGAGUACUAAUAGUAGGAGGAGGAGGAAGAGGCAAAGCAAGACGAGAGGAAGAUGCUGGCCUGCAUUGCGUGCGCGAAGCAAGACCCCGACGACGGCGGAGAGGGCGGCGGCGCCCGUUCGAGUGGCAAAGAAGCCGUCAAGAGCCUUUCGUCUCAGGUCACUCCUCCCCCUCCUCACUGUUGAUGCUGAAGAAUAUAAUAUGCAGCUUAAUCAUGCAAAUUAGACUGCGCCUUAAUCUAGAGAGCGAGAGGAGAGGGGAAGCUCUCUGUCGCUAGUUUGUGGGCGUGGAUCCCAAGAGGCACACAUGACGCUUCCUGCCCUAGUGCUUUCUUUAUAAACAUGAGAUCCUCCUAUUGAUCUAUUAUAAUUAACGACACGGCUUAGGAUUCAAUGGCAUCAUUAUCCCGAUAGCAAAAUCGUAGGAAGGAAGGGUCCUCGUGUUUCAGACUUUCUCGAAAGGAGAGCCUGAGAGAAAGAAAAGCAAAGUUUUGGAUGUGACAAGGAUGAUGCAGGGGCCAUGGAAGGAAUAAAGCGGAGGAGGGAGGUGGUGCAGCUCCUGCAUGCAUGCCGUGGUGGCCCCUCUAUGUCUCUCUGUCCUACAUUGGCGUCGGGCACAGAUAAAGGACAUGGUGUUGAAAAUUUCCGGUUCGGUUCGGCAGAGCAAAGGAAGUGGAAGCUCCUCCUCGUUCUCUUCCAAAUCGUUCAGGAGCAAGAGUUUCCGCAGCGAUCCUCGCCACCGCGGGGAUCCUCGUCGCUGGCAGCAGCAGCGCCCUGGGGCCUAUACUUAUGAGGACGCUGCCCAUUAUGCUGCAGCGGCUAGCAGUUCGACAGCAACAUGGGAUUUGAUGGAGGAGAAGCAGCAGGAUGUUCACGAUCACGAUCACGAUGAGCCCAAGGAGUGGGUGGCUCAGGUGGAACCUGGUGUGCACAUUACCUUUGUCUCGCUCCCUGGUGGUGCCGGCAACGAUCUCAAGCGGAUUCGAUUCAGCCGGGAGAUGUUUAAUAAAUGGCAAGCACAGAGAUGGUGGGGGGAGAACUACGACAGGAUCAUGGAGCUCUACAAUGUGCAGCGGUAUAACCGCCAGGCUCUCCAGACUCCAGCUAGAUCCGACGACGGCGGCGAGAGGGAAUCCUCGUGGUCGAGAGUGGGAUCAACAAAGGAAAGCCCCAUCACAACAGAGCAGAUACUCAUCAGAGACACUUACAAACCGGCCUCCGCCGCCUACGACAAAGGAGCUCAAACUCCCUCUCCCGUCCUUCCACAUCGCCUGCACUCACCUUCUUGCGCCAUGGGAGGGGCAGGAGCCUCCGGUGUGAAGGCAGAAGCAUCACGAACCACCACCUCAUCAAGAGACGAAGCGUCCGUUUCGGCCAGCAAUGCAAGCGACCUCGAGACAACAGAGUGGGUGGAGCAAGAUGAACCCGGUGUCUACAUCACCAUCCGGGAGCUUGCUGAUGGCACCAGAGAGCUCCGUCGAGUGCGGUUCAGCCGAGAGAAGUUCGGCGAGGUGCACGCCAAGCUGUGGUGGGAGGCCAACAGAGAGAGAAUUCAUGCACAGUACCUGUAGAGCUCCAUGCAUAACACAACAAAACUCCCGUAUACUCCAAACAACAUCGAUUUAGAAAUGAAUAACAGAGAAGUGUUACCAUCCUAUCAAUGUCAUACCUGGUCGGAUUCCAUCUUGCAUAAUUUCUUUUCAAGCAGUUUAAUGUUACCAUCCACUGACUGGAUCAACACCAAAGAUUGUAAAUUGGUUUGUAAUCUCUGCAUUUCUAAAACUCAAUUAGAUAUCAAGCUUCAAAUGAAUAGCAUGAAA